GGGCCCCUGAACAUUUCUGGGGAUCUCAAGGCCGGGCCAUUUUGGAGUUUGGCCCCUUUUGCCUUCUCAGCAGCCUAUGCCUUCACACUCAGCAGGAGGAUUUGUUGAUCUUUCUCUGGGGGACAUGGAAUUUCUGUGAUGGAUGGAAACUGGGAGGGAACAAAGGCCUGAAGACAUGGGGUCUGGUGCCCCAGAUGCCAUCCCAAUAAACCAAGAAGCCCAGAGAGAUUAUGAUAGGAUGAAGAUACCCAGAUUCAGAGAUGUUAAGUGACAUGCUCAAGGACACACAGCUAGAAAGAGAAAGAACCAAUGUUCUAAUCAGGUCUGUUCAAACGAUGUACCAUCAAGUCUAGAGGUCACUUGUGGACACUGAUAUUUUUGACACUGAAGCAUCCCCAUGGCUCCUUAUCACAUCCGCAAGUAUCAGGAGAGUGACCGAACACCAGUGUUGGACUUGUUCUACAAGGGCAUGAUGGAGCACAUCCCUGCCACCUUCUACCACACACUUAAGCUGCCCCAAACCCUCGUGUUCUUAAUUGGGGUGCCCCUGUGCAUACUCCUGACUUGUGGAUCCUGGCUGCUGGCUCUUGUGUCCAGCUUCGCCUUCUUUGUUUUCCUGCUGCUCCUUGUCAGGUGCCCCUGGAAGCUGUAUGUGGCCAUAUGUUUGCGCACGGACAUGGCUGACAUCACCAAAUCCUACCUGAGUGCGUGCGACUCCUGCUUCUGGGUGGCCGAGUCUCAAGGGCAGGUGGUGGGCACUGUGUGUGCUCGGCCGGUGAAGAAUCCUCCACUGGGGAAGAAGCAGUUGCAACUGUUUCACCUCUCAGUGGCAAUGGAGCACCGAGGAGAAGGGAUAGGGAAAGCCCUGGUCAGGACUGUCCUCCAGUUUGCCCGGGACCAGGGCUAUGGUGAAGUUGUACUUGAAACCAGCAUAGUGCAGUACAGUGCCCUGGCCCUCUACCUACACAUAGGCUUCCAGAAGACAGACCAGUACUUCUUUUCUUUUAUCACAAGGCUUAUGGCUUUUCCUACAGUUCGUUUAACAUACUAUCUCCCAACAGCCGGGCAUAGUGGUGUACUUCUGUAAUCUCUCCACUCUCCAGGCUAAGGUGGGAGGAUUGCUGUGAGUUUAAGGCCAGCCUGGAAUCUUAGCCAGGAUCCGAUUGACUCAGCUGUACUAACAAGCCAGUCCUACAUUUAAGUAGAUAAACAAUAGAAUCUAAU